CAUUCGCUGAUUCGCACGCUCACUCCAAGGAUCAACCGAACAACAUUAUCCACCCGCUCUUAUCAUUCAUGGCACUGCCAAUGUCCCUACAAUUACCGGUGACACCACAGCCACCAGCUUUUUCAGGUUCCGGCCAUCCAACCUCCUGCUCCGUACGAUUGAAACCGUUGUUUGUGAUCUGCAAUUUGGUAGCCAAACCCAUGGCAAUCUCCAGCAAACGAAGAAGAAAGCAGCUGCUUUUUGCCAUUGAAGAAAACCGAGGAAAUUCCGAGUCCGACCAACAAAGCGCUGAGAAAGAACCGGAGCCGGAAAGUCAACCUGCCGUCGUCGAGUUGUCGGAGUUGGGUUCGGAGAUAAAGAAGGCUAUGGAAGAGAAGAAGGCAGAGAAAGAAGGAGACUUUCUCAGCGGAGUUGCGGAGGAGGUUAGGGAGAUUGAGUGGCCGGUGUUUGGUAAAGUUUUAGGGACUACAGGGGUAGUGAUCAGCGUCAUAGCCGGGUCUAGUGUCGUUUUGCUCACUGUCAAUGCCGUUUUGGCCGAGCUAUCGGACAGAUUUUUUGACGGUAGAGGUGUUCAGGACUUCUUCGGCUGAGGAAUUAACAAAUGUUUGGAGAGCAAUGGGGGAAAAAGAAGUAAAAAAAAUGGUGACUUCACAACCAGUUUUCCCUUCUAAUGUAAUCAGCAUUUUUGUAUAUUGACUUGCUUACUAGAGCUAAAAUGAAAAUCUAUGAGAGAAGUUUCCAUGAAA